AUGCAAGUGACUGACGAUGCCUACAAUUCGCUGGACUUCUCCAGAUUCAACCACCGGGAGGACACUAUCGUCUACAUGCCGGGAGGAAGAGAGUUUAAUAUGGUCCAGCACGUUCAGGACCUGCAGAACACAUACGCAAGCUUCCCCAAUGUUGCAGUCACCAACCAUCCUUACAAGGUGGCCUUUGGAGAGGGCAACUGGACCAUUACCAUGACCGAUGUCACCGGAACCAAUACCGGCCCAAUUCAGGCCCCAGAUGGAUGGCGGAGUCCGACCGGCCGCCACGUCAACUAUGAGUUCAUGACCGCGGCGUACUGGCAAGAAGGCAGAAUCGUCAUAGAGCACCUCUGGAUGGACCUUGUCACCAUGGAACGUCAGAUGGGCUUCUUCCCGUCCCCAGUCACCACAGAUGGAACUCAGUCGCUCACUUUGAGCCCUUAUACCAUACCCCUUGCGGUCAACCCAUCCGCCAACACAUCAGAAACGAACAAGGCGUCUCAUCAGAAGUUCGAGAUGGCCUUGAACGGCGGUCAAUUCAAUUCUGACAGCCUGAUGCUUUCCCCCAAUGUCACGAUCUUCACCUCGCGCGAGGACACUCCCAAUGGACUCAACAGCGACCAGUUGUUUGCACUCGUCAGCCAGUUGCAGAAGUCAUUCUCGAACCUCCACUUGUCCCCUCAAGUGAUUUUCGGAUCCGGCGAUUGGACUGCGUCAGUGGCUCGGCUCAGCGGCAACCUCACGAAUGCUUUGGCAGUUCCGGAGUACAUCUCCCCGACUCCAAUCGAUGCAACCAAUAAGGGCUUUGACUCUUGGUUCUACACGAUUGCACGAUGGCAGGAUGGCAAGAUCACCCACUUGAAGUUCAUGGCCGAUGUGCUUGGCAUCCUCAGUCAAGUGCAAUAG